GUUUCGAGACAGCACAUCUUUUCCACUCACCACACACACAUCAUGCUUUACGAACUCAUUGGCGUGGUGCGCCCAGGCAACCUAGCCGAAGUCCGCGAAAUCGCAAAAACCACCGGCAACAUCGUCUUAAACGCCGGCGGCGUCGUUCGCGGCAUCACAAACUGGGGCGUUUUCCACCUCCCCAAGCCAAUGAGAAAACACAACGCCACACACAACACAGGCCACUACUUUGUGGUGCGCUUCGAUUCAUCGGCGAGAACCCAGCACGCCGUACGCAGAACACUGGGUCUGGAUCCGAGAAUGCUGAGGUAUUCGGUCGUGAAGAUGGGAGGCACGUUGGAGGAAUUGAGGAGUGUGGUUGGUGAGGUGCAGUGGAAUGUUGAUCCUGAUGCCAAGAGAGAUUGAGUGGAUGGGCGAAGAGAAGGAAGAUGAGAGAAAGAGCAUGAGAAUGUGAAUAUAUGGGAAUAAGGGCGUUCAUGGGUGCAUUGGGAUGAGCUGGGGUGAUGAUCGGUAUCAUAUAUUCCCCGGCUGAAGAAGAGUUUCUCUUCUGGAUAUAUGCCAUGGCUAGAGAUGACUGCCUGAGCAUUCUGUACAAAUACAUACGAUCGUACGCUGAGCUGUAAAAACAACAUGGUCCUCAGAGCAAUUCCCAAUCCGAUACAGUGCAGGAAGCGGGCU